UCGCAGCUCGUUCCUGAGGCCUGUGGCGGUCCCGGCGCGGGGUUUGCGGGCUGUGGGGACUCAGGGACAGGGGCCGCCGCCGGCCCGACCUGCUCACUCUCGGGAUGUUCUUCCAUGAGGAUUCACUGCUGUCUUGGUUUAUUUUCUGCGCUGAGUUCUAGGGCUUGCACCUAGAUGAACGUCAGGGUCUCCUUUCAGUCUAGGACUAGCCGAUAUUUGGUGCAUAAUAUCGAAGUGAAAGCGAAGCUGCAUACAAUACAUAAAUAAUACAAUACAAAUUGAGAUUCAUCAUGAAGACCUUUUGUGGAAGAGCCAAUCCAACCACUGGUUCGAUGGAGUGGUUAGAAGAGGGUGAGGACUAUGACUACCACCAGGAGAUUGCAAGGUCACGCUAUGCUGAUAUGCUUCACGAUAAGGACAGAAAUGUGAAAUACUACCAAGGUAUUCGUGCUGCAGUAAGCAGAGUAAAAGAGAGAGGUGAGAAAGCAAUUGUGCUGGACAUAGGGACUGGCACAGGACUCCUGUCCAUGAUGGCAGCUUCAGCUGGGGCAGAUUUCUGCUAUGCCAUUGAGGUGUUUAAGCCUAUGGCUAAUGCUGCUGUGAAGAUAGUGGAGAAAAAUGGUUUUUCAGACAAGAUCAAAAUAAUCAACAAGCAUUCCACUGAAGUCACAGUUGGCCCAGAUGGAGAUAUGCAGUGUCGGGCAAACAUCCUGGUAACAGAAUUAUUUGAUACAGAGCUGAUUGGAGAAGGAGCUUUACCAACCUAUGAGCAUGCACACAAAUAUCUUGUACAGGAAGGAUGUGAGGCAGUGCCUCACAGGGCAAGAGUGUAUGUCCAGUUAGUGGAAUCCAGAAGAAUGUGGUCCUGGAAGAAACUGUUUCCUGUUCAUGUUGAAGCAGAGGAUGGUGAAAAAAUUCUUGUUCCACCGUCAGAAAUGGAGAACUGUCCAGGUGUUCCUUCUGUUUGUGAUAUCCAACUGAACCAGAUGCCUUCAAGUGACUUCAGUAUCCUCAGUGAUGUGGUGACAAUGUUCAGUGUGGAUUUCAGUAAGCCAGUACAGAGUGCUUCUACCUACUAUAGAGUGCAGCUGGAGCCUGUGAAAUCUGGCAAGGCACAAAUUGUGCUUUCCUGGUGGGAUAUUGACAUGGACCCCUCUGGGAUGAUAAAUUGCACAAUGGCUCCCUACUGGGUAAAACCCACUUCUGCUUUGCAGUGGAGAGAUCACUGGAUGCAGUGUGUUUACUUUCUUCCACGUGAGGAGCCAGUUCUGCAGGGUGAGAAGCUGUACCUGACUGCUUGUCGUGACGAGUACUCUGUGUGGUACAACCUGCAGAAAGCCAGAGAAGGGGAGAAUAAAGCAGAUGGAGAGGAGCAUAAAGCAGAUGUUCGUGUGGAGAGUCCUGUCUGUCGGUGUCGUGCUCAUCUGCUCUGGAACAGGCCCCGCUUUGGGGAGCUGAAUGAUCAGAACCGAACACGCCAAUACAUCAAGUCCUUGAGGAAAGUUCUGAAAACAGAUAGUGUUUGCCUUUGUAUCAGUGAUGGCAGUCUGCUGUCUGUGCUGGCUCACUAUCUUGGAGCAAAGCAGGUGUUUACGUUAGAAAACUCUGGUGUGUCCUGUUCUGUCAUGGAAAAAUUUUUUAAAGCAAAUCAUCUUGAAGAUAAAAUUAAAAUAAUAGAAGCACGUCCUGAGUUACUGAAGCCUUCUCAUUUGGAAGAUAAAAAGAUUUCUGUCCUUGUGGGAGAGCCGUUUUUCACGACAAGUCUGUUGCCGUGGCAUAACCUGUAUUUCUGGUAUGCCAGGACAGCUGUGAGCACUCACCUUGCCAGCAAUGUCACAGUCCUGCCUCAGUCUGCUUCUUUGCAUAUGAUGAUUGUGGAGUUCCAGGAUUUAUGGAGAAUCCGGAGUCCUUGUGGCACCUGUGAAGGUUUUGAUGUCCAGACUAUGGAUGAUAUGAUUAAAGAUUCUCUGAAUUUUAGGGAAUCCAAGGAAGCGGAACCUCACCCGCUAUGGGAAUAUCCCUGCAAGUCACUCUCAGAUCCACAGGAAGUUUUGACAUUUGACUUCACAAAGCCUGUACCACAGCACUGUCUGAGCACAGAGGGCUCUGUAAAGCUCUUACGGGAAGGAAAGAGCCACGGAGCAGUUCUGUGGAUGGAAUAUCAUCUUACUGCUGAUAUCUCUGUUAGUACAGGACUGAUGCAACUGUCAAAUGAAAAGGGAAACUGUGAAUGGAAUCCCCACUGCAAGCAAGCUGUUUAUUUCUUCAGCUCUGUUAUUGAAUCAGAAAUUCUGUCAGACCCUACUGCUAUCACAUAUGCUAUAACUUUUGACACAAAGACAGGAGAGAUUGCCAUGGAUUUUAAGCUAUUAUAAAUACUUUCCUCUUGCUCAUAUUCUUAAAUUAUAAUAAACAUACAGUAUUUUUUUUUGUA